AAUAUUUUUUAAAAUAAUUUUUUCUAACAAGCGUAUACACCAGGAUCGAUCCUUGAUCGUCCCUUGUUAUCUAGUGAUUUUACUCAAGAUCAAUCAGUGCUCUGUGAUGUAUGGUUUGGUUGGCAACAGUGAUGGAUUGGGGACUGGAUUAGGUUUUUGGGGUUGACCGAAAUUGUUUUUUGGCUACGACGUUUUAGAAAAAUUUUUUUAUAUUUACAAGGGUUGUGCAUCGGAUUCUUCUUCGGGCUGAUCUCUUUUGCAAAAGGGUGUCGAAGUUCGUGGUACUGGAGAUCAAUCUUCUCGUGGGGAUUAUCGUUACUUUGACGUCACUCAUGUCAAUCGGUCUUAGCUAAUUGCCUGGCGACAAGCAGACCAAGUUCAAGUCCGUGAAGUGUCGGUUGGUAUUAAUAUUUUGUGCUGCCGACGGAGAAGAUAAUUCGGAUCGAUGAGGAACGGCCGACGGGAAGCGAACAGUACGAAAGAGGGCCUAUGAUGAUACUGGUAGUGUCCGAUAGGGAGGCUGAGAUGAAUAUCCCUAGUGAAGGUUGAUGAAUAAUAUUUACUGAUAACGCCGAUGAUCCUGAUAAGGAAAUUUGGAAUCAGGUGGCGAACAGUCACGGAGCGUUGCCUUGGGGAAGAGUGGAUGAUGAACUUUUAAGAAAGAGAUCAGCAGGUUCAGAGGCCGUAGAAGAGCUAAAAAAGAAAAUAGCAAUAAUAAAUGUCAGUGGUGAAAAAAUAAUACAAUUACCUAAAGACAAACCGGACGGACUCCUUGAGGAGCUGCGAGUCGCAAAGUUGGUACCAAAAAUGGUCCUGGAACCAGGAGGUGGUCUCUCCUUCCCACCGCCUCCUGGUGGCGGUUCCGGUGCAUCCGGUGGUUCCCUCUUAGCGCCAGGUAGACUUUUCCCAAGGGCUGCACCAGUGUUUCCCUUUCAUCUUACCGGAUGGCCACCUCAUCAUCCUGUCCUGGGACAGGUGCAGAGCCAGGUCCAGCAGUCCAUGCAGGCUCAUCAUCAAGCUGCCGCAGCAGCCGUUAGGUUCCUCAGUCAUCAUCAUCCACACCAUCCACAUCCUGCAUUGGGAAAUCAUCCUCUUGCACCGGCCAUAGCCGCUCAUCAUCCCGGUGCUCAUCAUCUUCAUCAUGCCGGUGAUCACGGUGACGACGACGAGGAUAAGAAAGGAUGCGACGGAGAAUCCGACGAGGGUGGCAGCAAGAGAAGACGAAGCAGGACCAAUUUUAGCAGUUGGCAAUUGGAGGAGCUGGAAAGGGCCUUCCUGUCCAGUCAUUAUCCUGACGUCUUCAUGAGGGAGGCUUUGGCGGUCAGACUGGACCUAAAAGAGAGCCGCGUGGCCGUGUGGUUCCAGAACAGGAGGGCCAAGUGGAGGAAGAAGGAGCACACGAAGAAGGGACCGGGUAGGCCUGCUCACAAUGCUCAUCCUCAGAGCUGCAGCGGGGAGCCGAUACCGCCGGAGGAAUUGCGAAGGAAAGAGCGUGAGAGGCGGCAGAAGAAACUCCUGAAGGCGCUGGAACGUCAGCAGAGAAAACUCGCAGCCAAGGGCAUCUCCGUGGACCUGUCCACUCUGAAGGCGGAAUGGGAAUCGAGAAGCGCCGCAGCAUCCGGUGGUAGUUCUUUGGGACAUCUGAGUGGCUCCUUUGCUCAUCUGGGGAACAACGAAAGUAGCGUAUCCGGUUCCGGGAACGACGCCAAUGAGGAGAUUGACGUUGUCGGGGGUCUGGACUCUUGUAGUGAGAGUGGUAGCGAAAGGGUUGACUCUGCUGCAGAUGGUUCAGUGGACGGAGAAUGUUACUCCAGGUUAGGAGAGACUGAUGCUAGAAGAGGUCACGGGACGGGAUCCCAUCUUCAAAAUCCCAACGGGCUGGAGCUCAAUCUGGAGCUGAAUCAUCAGCAGGGAAUUCACCACUGGGGACUGAGUCUUCUGGAGCGAAGACGGGAGCUGGUGAAUCUUGGUAAUUCUGGUCUACGUCCAGGGUCCAAUCGUCUUCAGGAAGACAGGGUCAACGAGGACGAGGUCCAGAGUAGCAGCAUAGACCUAUCAGUCAAGGGGAGGGAAGAGAGAAGAAGAUUGAAUCCGUUCUCAAUAGACAGUCUUUUGGGUAACAAUAGAUCAACGACGCCUAUGCAACAGGAUACUAGUACCGGAAGUACGAGCGAUCAACGCGUCCCGACGCCCUCGAUCAAUGGACGUGAAUCCAGCACGCCACCUAAUAACGGCACGGCGUCUCCAACCUCGCCGGCGUCGUCCUUACCCACGUCACCCUCCACGACGUAGUAACCAAGGACGCGAAUGGGUCUGAACCUUCUGGAACGUUCUGGAACUCGACCGGAAGCAAGACCUCAGAAACUGGAGGAAAGACUUAGGGGAAGCAUAUAUCACUUCCGACAUAUCUGCAAAUAAAAAAAGGCGUAUCCGAAUAGUAGAGUCUUUCGUUUAGACUCUUUUGGUUCGUUUUCAUUUGCACCUCUUUAACUUUGUUCCGAUUUCUUUCGUUCGAUCGAACAAUUUUUUCGCGAGAAAUGUGCAAUAAGAUUCUAAGUACGAGGGAAAACGUGUUCAAAUUUUUUUCUUAUCAUCCACACGAAAAUUCGAAAAGUGAAUGAUAAUAGUCACGAGGUAACGAUAAAGUUGCUCUAAGAACAGAGUGGUAUAAAUACGUCGCGUGUAUGUAUCCAAGAAAAGGAAGGAAAAAGAAAUUGAAAAGAAAAAAAAGAAAAAAUGGAACGAAAGAUCUCAUUGUAUUUACUGUAAAUAGCAUAAAACAAUUAAUUUAAUGGAACUAGUGCUAAACGGAUACCUAGUGUUCGAUUGCGAAAUAUUAUUUGAAGCAAUAGAAGAUUUGCCUAAAGUGUACAUAAAAAAAAAAAGAAAAUCUAGUAGCAUAGAAAUGGCGGCAAGCCACUGUCAAGAUGGCUGCCAACAAUAGUGGAUUAAUACUUGGAGCAAACUUUGGGUCACUGAGUACCUUCAAGUAAUCCAUGUAUAAGGGCUGGACUCGCGUGCCUAAAAAAAGACAAGGGACAUGCCGUAAAAACAUAAAAAGACAUGCAAGACAGUACCUAUCGUAUAUCCAUUAUAAAUAUAUUAAUUUAUUCUCAAAUUA